UCCCCCUCCUUUGGAAGCACCACCACCAGCAGCAGCAGAGGAGCUGCCGUGCCUUUGACGGAGCAGAUACAGUAAGCCGGAGUCAGAGCUACACCCCACAUAGCCAUGGCAGACAACGCCGGCUUGGAAAACCACCGCAUCAAGAGCUUUAAAAACAAGGGGCGCGAUGUCGAGACUAUGAGAAGACAUCGAAAUGAGGUGACGGUUGAGUUGAGAAAGAAUAAACGAGACGAACAUUUACUGAAGAAGAGAAAUGUCCCACAGGAGGAGAGUCUGGAGGACUCUGAUGUGGAUUCAGACUUUAAAGGGCAAAAUGUUACACUUGAUGCAAUCUUACAGAACGCAACCAGUGACAAUGCUGUUAUACAGCUCAGUGCAGUGCAAGCAGCCCGAAAACUUCUCUCCAGUGAUAGAAACCCUCCUAUUGAUGACUUGAUAAAGUCUGGGAUCCUGCCCAUUUUAGUCAAAUGCCUGGAAAGGGAUGACAAUCCUUCACUUCAGUUCGAGGCAGCUUGGGCUUUGACCAACAUCGCCUCUGGGACAUCAGCACAGACUCAGGCUGUGGUUAAAUCAAAUGCAGUGCCCUUGUUCCUGCGGCUGCUACACUCUCCUCACCAGAACGUCUGUGAACAGGCCGUAUGGGCUUUAGGAAACAUCAUAGGCGACGGUCCACAGUGCAGGGAUUAUGUCAUCUCCCUGGGCGUAGUGAAGCCUCUGCUUUCUUUCAUCAACCCAUCUAUCCCCAUCACCUUCCUACGCAAUGUCACCUGGGUCAUCGUUAACCUCUGCCGCAACAAGGAUCCGCCUCCGCCCAUGGAGACGGUGCAAGAGAUUUUGCCUGCUCUCUGUGUGCUAAUAUAUCACACUGAUAUAAAUAUACUCGUAGACACAGUGUGGGCUUUGUCUUAUCUGACGGACGGAGGAAACGAACAAAUCCAGAUGGUCAUUGAUUCUGGAGUUGUUCCAUUUCUUGUGCCUCUCCUCAGCCAUCAGGAGGUGAAAGUUCAGACUGCAGCUCUGAGGGCAGUUGGGAACAUUGUGACAGGAACAGAUGAGCAGACCCAGGUGGUUCUUAACUGCGACGUUCUCUCGCACUUCCCCAAUCUGCUCACCCAUCCUAAAGAAAAGAUUAACAAGGAAGCUGUCUGGUUCUUGUCCAACAUCACAGCUGGGAACCAGCAGCAGGUCCAGGCAGUUAUCGAGGCCGGGCUAAUUCCUAUGAUCAUCCACCAACUGGCCAAGGGUGACUUUGGCACUCAGAAGGAAGCAGCAUGGGCUAUCAGCAACCUCACCAUCAGUGGGAGGAAAGACCAGGUGGAGUUCUUAGUGGAGCAGAAUGUCAUCCCUCCCUUCUGUAACCUGCUGUCAGUGAAGGACUCUCAGGUGGUGCAGGUUGUCCUGGACGGCCUCAAGAACAUCCUCAUCAUGGCUGGAGACGAAGCCAGCACCAUUGCUGAAAUCAUAGAGGAGUGUGGAGGUUUGGAGAAAAUAGAAAACUUGCAGCAACAUGAGAAUGAAGAUAUCUACAAAUUAGCCUUUGAGAUCAUUGAUCAGUACUUUUCAGGAGACGAUAUUGAUGAAGACCCUAGCUUGAUCCCUGAAACCACUCAAGGAGGAACCUUCAACUUUGACCCUGCAUCCAACAUGCAAACAAAGGAGUUCAAUUUCUAAAAAGCCAGGAUGUUUGGUUCCACUAGUUGCAGGGGCGUCCUGUAAUUACCGCAGACAUUCAUCCAUCUCUCCCAACAAUCUGGCAACCCGGUACAGAAGGAUUUUAAAACACCAAUCUCGCCACUAAAGGAUUUAAAUCACAGCCACUUCUGCACUGUGGGGAGCUUUUUCUUUGUCUUGUUUUUUUUUUAAGUUCCUUCUAGUGCAACUCUUCAUACCAGUUGUUCUGCUGGCAACCUGCAUGAGGAGAACUGUCAGUGCUGCCAGUGCUUCUAUCACUCAAAAGUAAAACCAGAAGGAGGGGGGAAAAAAGCCUUCUUGGCAAGAUCCAAAUUGCCAAAUGUCAAGUCUUCACGACAGAAACACAAGCACAUUUUCAGAUCCAACCGCGCGCACACACUCUCACAUUUAUAUAUAAAUGUAUAGAAAUACAUAUAUGUAUACACACUUUCUGACACUUGGGAUUUGUGUGCAUACUUCUGUUAGAAGCCGUCAUAUCAAAUCUGGGGAAGAAAUACUGCUGUUGGUUUGUGGUUUUAUAUUUUGUGCUUUCCCUCCCUUGGAUCGUCACCCCCUGCACGCACACACACACACACACACACACACACACACACACACACACACACACACACAAACACAGAGAGAAACACAAUUGUACACCCUUGGUCACAAUAUUUCCUGAUGAACAGGCACACCCCUCUGUCACCCGUUUUAAAGAGAUAAUCCCCGAGCUAAGCCAUGAUUACCACGGACCCCGUCCGUUCCGCCCACCCAGGAAGUGGAGGUGUGAAAGGGCUCAAAGGUAAAAACAAUAGAGGAAUCCGUGGCAAACUGACUGACGGGACUUCUGACUCAGUUUUCAAAGUUUUUUUUUUUUCGUGUGACCUCUGUCAAAAUAUUAGACUCUUUUAAAGGAAUUCAUCAAAUGUGAAGAAAAUGCCAUAUUUUUUUUCUCUCGACACAAACAGCUAAUGUCCCUCUACAGAUUCAGAAGAGCAGCAACUUUUUUUUUUUUGGUCGUCAAAAUAUGUAAAUUUCUGUCACCAGGCGGACGAUGAAGGCACAGAGACUUACAAAAAGAGGGAACGCAUCAGCCGUACCAUUUGCCCCGCUCUGCAAACUGUUUUCCUCUGGACUCCCCUGUAAUGUGAAAACUCAGAUAUGGGGGCAGGGUUUGGAAAAAAAAAAAAAAAAAAAAAAAACCCUUCAAACUGAAAUCAAACCAUAAGGUUAUUUUUAGCUUCAUUUUUUAUUUUUUAUUUUAAAAAGAAGAAAUUCUCACUUUGAACGGAUAUUAAUUUCGCAUUUCAGCCUGGUCUGGUAUAAUCUGUGGAAUAUUUUUAUUUUUUUUUAUUAGUUUUAUUUUCCUCCAGUCUUAUGCACACAAUUGAGUCACGGUGACGUCUGCCUGCAGAAAGGGACCUAUGCUCAUUGAAGACUAGCCUCAUACAGAGUGCAGGUCCUGAUCUUUAUAGUACUUAAGUACUUUUUGAUUAAGAGGUCACAUGUCAUCACUCGAUUUGAAUAAUUGUAAAAAAAAACAAAACAAAAAAAAACCCAAAAAUACAUGUGAUGUGUAUCUCUCCUUACCGUCUAACAAAUAUAUGAAUAUAUUUACAUAAAGCCUGUACAAAGCUGCUGCAGCUGACGGUCAUUGGAUGGUUGAUAACUAUCCCACAUGGCUGGGGAGGGUUUUUGUUUAGUUUUUUUGGAAGCAAUAUUUUAUUUUAUUUUUUCUUUUGACUUGCAAAUGUAUUGUGAAGACAUGCUGAUAAAUUGGAGUAGGCCGGGUUUUUUGGUUUGUCAUGUUUUCACCUCUUAUUGCGGUGACGGCUGUUUUGAAAAUGUACCGUCCCACGUUCCAGUUGGUGUUUAGAUCCGGGGCCGAGGCGACUAAAUUUAAGUCGGACCCCGAACCUCAGUCUUGUAGAUGAAUCCGCUGGUUGGCUGCUAACUUUUCAGAUUAUUGGGGUGGGCGUACGGAGCAGCGACUGGAUCACAGUGGGGGACUUUAAAUAUCUGGUAGGGCUGUUAAAAGCAGCCAGGACUUUUUUUUUUCCUUUUUUUGGGGAUUAGCUAAUAUUACUGAACAAAACUAUUGAGAGGGUGUACAGUCAUGAACUAGCAGACUAGACCGAGCCACUUUAAAGAUUUACAAUUUUGUUGUCUUGUAUCCAAAUUGGAUGCAAGCUUAUGUUUGCAAGAUUUUUACUUGCUAAUAAAAAGCUGUUUUAAGUGAAAUAAUAGGAGAAAAAGAAGCAACAGACAGCGUUUUGGCCUCUGAUUGUUUGUAUCUUUUUAUAAAUUUUAGAUUGAACUCUUCUCUUUAAGGUGGCUCAUUGAUGCUUUCAACUCUUGUGCAUAUUAAAGACAAUAAUGAGUUGAGAAAUGAUUGUGCCUUUUGUUUUUUCUUUUUUAUUUCAACUGCGAAUAGAUUUUUCUGAACAAACGGAGCAACUGGAGAAUCUUCACACGGGGGUAAAUUUGUCGUCUCCCUACUGUUGGAGUUUGCCAUUAGGAAUGGUCAGUGCUGCUCUUUGCUGUCAAAAACAACUGUUUCUUUCAUAUCUUUUACCCACUGAACAAUGUACGACACCAUUCCUUCCUCCCUGACUCCACAAACCUCACCGGUUUGCCAUAAUUUCAGUCAACAGACCGUGGUUUCCUAACUCACCCUCAGGACGUCGUCUGUGUUUCUGAUUCUAACCAAAAUAAACUUGCUGUCUAGCCGUU